CGGCCGCCUCUCAUUACAGAACAGUUGGUGGUGGCUGGAGAGAGCAGGCAUGAGAGUGUUGGGGAUGUGGCCGCCAAUAGGCCACUCGUGUGGCAACAACAGGCCGCCAAUAGGCCACUCGGGAAACAACAGGCUAGCCGUAGGCUAUUCGCAGGGCCACAGGCUGCCAAGAGGCCACUCGGGAACCAACACGUUGCCAAGAGGCCACUCGGGAACGAACAGGCCGCCAAGAGGCCACUCGGGAAACAACAGGCUAGCAGUAGGCUAUUUGCAGGACAACAGGCCGCCAAUAGGCCACCGAGGAACCAAGAGGCUGCCACACACCAGGCCAAACCUCCCGUACCGAAACACAAAGUUGUACAACGGAAAAGUUUGAAGAAGCCGAAAGGAAAGACGGAGAAGGAGGUGGGUGGUGUUGGAGAUAGUGGUGGAGGUGGUGGUGGAGAUAGUGGUGGAGAUAGUGGUGGAGGUGAGGUGUGUCUGGAGUGCGAGCAGGAGUUUGGAACCAAAUACGAGUUUGAGCUUCACAUCAAAGAGGCCCACCUGGGAGUAGCACCCUGGAGGUCCGAAUACCACUGCCAAGACUGUAACCAAGCGUUCGCCCACAAGAUCAGCCUCAACGUUCACCGUAUGUUCAAACACGGCGCUCCUCGACGCUACCAGUGCGAUAAGUGUGACUACGAGGGCCCCAGACUCUACCACCUCAAGAGACACAUGAAAGUUCACACCAACGAGCGUCAGUUCGUGUGUACGGCGUGUAACAAGGGGUUCAAGUCCGCCCAGUCGUACAAGAACCACGCGGUGAUCCACACCAACGACGGGCGGUUCGUGUGCGAGGUGUGCAGCAAGUCUUAUAACCAGAAGGGUAUAUUUGAGGACCACCAGAGGAGUCACAGCCAAGACAGAAGAUACUCGUGCGACUAUUGCAAGGUCGCGUUCAAGACCUACAAACACGUGGCUUGUCACAUACGCGCCGUCCACCUCGACGACAAGAGAUUCAUCUGCGACCUGUGCGGCAUUCGGCACAUGUCCGGCGCUAACCUCAAGACGCACAUGAAAACCCACAAGAACGCGAGCGAGUUACCGUACGUCUUCCACUGUAACGUGUGCGACGCCACGUUCAGGGGCUUUAACGGCCUCGCCACGCACAUGAGAAUCAUCCACGCCGCGGACGCCGACGCGGGAGCCGGGAAACUAAAGACCCCGCACCCCACGAGACGCCCCAAUGCGCUCAAGUACGGCAUCGUGGACGCACCCAAGGUAGACGAGGACGCCGACGCGGAGAGCGUGUGCGUCGAGAGUGACGACUUGACCCUGUGUAAGAUUAAACCUGAAGACAUGGAGUUUGAAGUGUGAUGAAGGUGAUGACUAUUGGUGAUGACUUUGAAGUAAGAUAAUGAUAACUUUUAGUAUGAUGUGUGACUCAUUGACUCACACAAUGAAGCAUAAUUGUAUCUGAUGAAUACAAUAUAAUACUCACACUAGGGAAUGAUUUUUGUGUCAUAAUAUUUUGAAUCCUAGUGUUUGGAGUCAAUGGUUUGAGUCAUAAUUAUUACUUGUUAGUUUUGUGUGUUUAGUUUGGUUUGGUUUUGAAUAUAAAUAUAUACAGUGGCCCCUCGGUUAACGAACACAAUUCAUUCUAGAAGGUCCUUCGCUAACCGAAACCAUUGUUUCGGUGGGAUUUUGUGUAAUUGGUUCCGGCUCACCGAAAAUAACAUACAAAGUAAAAAAAACUCGGUACGGUGCUCCCUCGGUUGACGAGUUACCUUCCAUAAGAUUCUUAACUGCGGUUAACGAGCAAUCCCUCGAUUAACGAGUUUCUUACGAGCCGACCUCGACGUGUUUUCGCUUGCAUUUGGCAGUCCACCAGCUGC